UUCCGACUAUAAAUGAGAAAACCAGACGAGUCCUUCCACUUUGGCAGCAAUAAACCAGGCAAGAUGAUUGGGGCGUCAGGAAUUCUAAAAUUGAGUAUUUCUUUCAUUUUGGCCGCGCUUGUUGCCGGUCGGAAUACGGCGCUCCGAGAUGGCAUACAGACGAGAGAGUGGCCAUGCCCAGUGGACGCGGAUAUUGCCCCUUGCGUUUGUACUACCGAUGAUGAUUUCAAUCUUUUCAUGGAAUGUUCUCUGGUCAAGACGUCAGGUGAAUUGACCACAAUUUUUACGGCUGACUUUCCCUUCGUUAAUUUUGUUUCAUUGACGAUUGACCACGCAGGAUGCACUGACUGCAACCUCAACACCCUUCCAGCUGAUGUCUUUGGAGGUGUUGGCUUCCAAACCAUCACAAUCACUGGAACAAAUCUUCAGACCGUCGAAGAACAAGCGUUCAGCGCCUCCCACGAAACAUUAAAGAAUCUGAGGCUAAGUUCAAAUAAAAUAAGUGCCUUCCCUUUUGAAUCAUUGGGAGACUUCAAAGUUCUCACGCAACUUCGCCUUAACGGUAAUAAAUUCAACGCCGACACCCCAAUCCCUGGCAUCGUCUCUGCUACACUUACGGAGCUGAAUCUGUCUACCAAUGACGAACUCGUCAUUACUCCCGACCUCGUCACAAACUGUCCAGAGAUUCGCAUAGUGUCUCUCAGAAACGGAAAGAUUCCAAGCGUGCCCCUCUUCGAUACAAGUCCCAUAAGCAUGUUCAACGGACUAACCAACGUCCAUACCAUCGACUUCGCUGGCAACGCCAUCACGGAAAUACAGACAAACUCCAUUGUUUCUGAAACUGAUACGCUCACCAAAGUGGACUUCUCCCACAAUGACAUCAGCAUUGUGCAUCCGACUUUUGUUACAGGGUUCUCGUCUGCUACCGGCAACACGCUCCUCAUGGCAGACAACAAAAUCAGUUUCCUGGACGAGAAAGUCUGGGCUGCGAUUUUUGAAGAACUUCCAGUAGAAAAUUCCGUUGACCUUUCGCAGAACCCAAUCCUGUGUGGCUGUGAGAUCGCGUGGCUGGUGAACAGCUCCUCGAAAAAGUCCCUCACGGAAACGACGCUGUGUGAAGACGGCGUCCAGGUCGUCAAAAACCUUCCACCGGCCGCUUUUGUCGACUGCUAAUGAAUUCACAAUGUUUUGAUGUAUUGCUGGAAUAAUAUUCAUUGUUAAUUACAUGCGAAAUUUUAUAUCGGUCCAACUCAAUAGCUUUGUAAGAAAUGAGGUUGUCUUUCAAUACAUACCUUGCUUCAAAGCAGGA